UCGUAUCUGUUGACGAGCUAACACUGUCCUGAGGGAGUGUGUGUGUGUUUAAUGUGCCUUCUGUUACAAAUAAAGAAAAUGAGCCUUCCAGCUAUUUAAUGUCAACGCUUUGAGAUGACACACACACACACACACACACACACACACACACACACACACAGUCAUUACGCUGAAGAGGCGUCGAACCCUAAAUGUCAUAAAAUAUAUUUACACACAUACAAGCAGCAUCAGUGUGUGUGUGUGUGUGUGUGUGUGUCAUAGACAGAGAGGAUUCUGGGACAUGUGGAUGAACUCUGAGGAUCAUUUAAACUCAAACUAAAGCUUCAGAGUUGUAAUAGUUCAAGUAGAACUAAACAUGGCCACCUGUCUGUGUUUCAGCCUGUCUGUCUGCUCAGGCCCCAGACUGCUCUCUGGUCCAGUCCAAAGAGGACGACUUCGACUGGGAACAAGGAGACACGAGAGAGAGACCGGCCAGCAACCCCUGGAUCCCUGCAGGCUCCUCCUUCUUGUUCGUGAACACGUCGGGUCGGUACGGAGGUCAGCGCGCUCAGAUGCUGCUGCCACCGCUCAAAGAGAACGACACGCACUGCGUCAGCUUCCUGUUCUACCAGGCGGGAGGACGGGAGGGCGCCGCGCCCGCCAUGCUCAAUGUCUACAUCAAAGAGAGCAACAGUCCUCUGGGAGUUCCUGUCUUCAACUCUUCAGGCCCCGCCUACCACAUCUGGAAAGGGGUAGAGCUAGCAGUGUCCACGUUCUGGCCUAAUUACUACCAGGUGGUGUUUGAGGCGGUCAGCACCGGUCAGAGAGGAGUUCUGGCCAUCAAGGACAUCAUGCUGCAGGGACACCAGUGCAUGAGCACCCCACACUUCCUGCACAUUAAAGGCGUGGAGGUAAACGCAGGACAGACGGCAGCGUUUCACUGCACCGUCAACGGACGACCGCAGAGCAACCUGCUGCUCUACCUCCAGGGGAUGGGCGGUCGCCAGGCGGUCGUCAGGGAAACCAAACCGGUGAACUCUCGUCGCUACGUAGCGAGCUACGAUGUAGAGAACACGACUAAAGGAGACUCUGGGCGCUACCGCUGUAUCGCCCAAUCAGAGCGAGGCGUGGGCGUGUCCUCCUACGCUGACCUUACAGUCAAACAACCUCCCGUACCGAUCGCCCCUCCUCAACUGACGGCGGUGGGCGCCACCUAUCUGUGGAUCCAACUCAACGCCAACUCCAUCAAUGGAGACGGGCCAAUCAUCGAGAGAGAGGUGGAGUACCGUACCAUGUCGGGCAUGUUGAUCGACACCACCCCCGUCGAUAAGCCGACCCACAAGAUCGGACACCUGGACCCCGACACGGAGUACGAGAUCAGCGUGCUCCUCACCAGGCCCCUGGAUGGAGGCACGGGAAACCCCGGACCACCACUCCGAGCCAGGACCAAGUGUGCAGGUGAGUCAGGUCACAUGACUGAUGACUGCUAGUAGCUAGCGGCUAACUGCUCGGCUACACUCACACUGAGCUCAUUAAGAGGUUAAUGGUGGUCAUUAGCGUAGCAUGCUUUGCUAGCCCGCAUUAGUGCUGAGCUCAUCAGGUGGCUAAUGGUUAUUGUUGAGGUCAUUAAGGCUAGGCUUCGUUAGCGCUGCACUCAUUAGCUCUUAAUGGCUACAGUGCACACAUCAGCAUAGCAUGCUAGCUGUGUGUGUGUGUGUGUGUGUGUGUGUGUGUGUGUGUGCCCUGUUGCUGCAUUCCAACAACAAACAGCAUGUGAUUAGCAAUUAGCGCGCUAAUGACACAGGUGCAACAAUCUGACUGCUGCAGUUUUCACGUCUCUCUGUUUGAAGAGUUUUUAAUGAUUAAUUAUUGAUGAUUGACGUUUUUUAUUUUAUUUUAUGUAUUUUUCUUGACUUCUUUGAGAUUCUACUUCUUAAAGUGUGUUCAUCUUGUUUUUCACAAUGUCCAGAUCAUCUUUUGAACACUACAUGAUACAAAUAAUAACAAUAAUAACAAUAUGUUAAAAUAACUAAACAAAAUCAACACAUGUUGACAAUUAAGAAAAUAUUAAACCAAAUUACAGUUGGUUUUUUCAUAAACUUUUAUGUUUCGUAUAUUAUGUUUUAUGAUUAUUAUUAAUUUUACUAUAAAUCUUUAAAUCUGCCCUUUACUACCACCCAUAGUGACGUCAGUAUUCAGAUAAUAUAACAUGUAAUAUAAUACAAUAUAAUAAUCAGAAUCAGCUUUAUUGGCCGUGUGUGUGAACUCAUUCAUGGAUUUGACUCCGGUUUCCACUUCGCUCUCAAUGUACAAACACAAGUUUACAAUAAACACG